CAGCAGGUGAAGAGGACGAACACAGACAAGGAGAAUGCUGACCAUGGAGAUGUUCCCCAGUUUACCUCUGGGACCACAGAGGAUUGGAGACUGCUGUUACAGAGAGCGGGACGCUUCUGCCCACAUACCGCUGUUUCCUCCUUCCUGUGAUGUGGCAGCCAGCACCCUACCCCCAAGGAUGCUGCCCCCUCCCCUUGUUCCCAACGAUCAGGCCACCAAAUCCCAAAAAGGUGAGGUCAAGAUGGAGCUGGAGAACGCAUCUUUAUGGAAACAGUUCAGCUCAGUCGGCACAGAGAUGAUCAUCACAAAGAAGGGCAGACGGAUGUUUCCCGGGUUGAAGCUGAAGUUGUCAGGCCUGAAUCCAUCUCUCCGUUACAUUCUCCUCCUUGACAUCAUCCCUGCGGACAACUCCCGCUACCGUUUCCAAGGUGGUGGCUGGCAGGCUGUUGGCGGGGCAGAAGCAAGACUACCAGACCGGAUUUUUAUCCACCCAGACUCCCCCUCCACGGGUGCUCACUGGCAGAGCCGCACAAUCUCUUUUCACUAUGCUAAGCUCACCAACAACACGCUGGACUCACAGGGACAUAUCAUCCUACACUCGCUGCAUCGCUAUCAGCCCAGAGUUCAUGUGAUUGAAGCCAGAGACAUGCUGAGGUGGGGUGGAGAACAACACACCUUCGUUUUCCCUGAGACGCAGUUUAUCACAGUCACUGCCUACCAGAACAGCAAGAUCACAGAGCUGAAGAUCAACUCCAACCCCUUUGCUAAAGGUUUCCGAGAGGAUGGCAUGAACAGCAAAAAACAAAGAGAUGCAAGACAGAAGCGCAAAAUCGAUGUCUUGAAAGAAAACAUGGAAAGUGUGAACUGUGAUCCAUGCGACUCAACUGAGCUUCUGCCACAGCCCACCACCAGCACUGACCUGCAGGCCCUCGCUCUGGCCUCUCUGCCACCACCACCCAACCCCGCCUGCGACUUCAGACCAGAGGAAGCAUCCUAUCAGGACACGCUUGUUCCAGAGCAGUCGUUAGACCUUGGCCAGGCAUUCAUGGCAUCCCAGAUGUCUGAGAUCAGCAUCUCCAUGACCAGCGAAAUGCAGGACACAAGUGAGGUGGCAAAUAGUAUGAUUGAAAGAUCAGGCACUGUGUGUGAACCAGUCUACAUGUCCACAUUCCCUUCAGCUCAGACCAACUCCUCCUCUUUCCCCUCAGCUCCUCUUCCUCAGUCGCCCUCCUCCUUCUCCUCCCUCCCUGCACCCGACUCUUCAGAUACAUCCGAUCCUCAGCCCUCCAUCCCUCCUAUCGACUAUCCCUCAAUUCUGUCAUCCUCUCCCACGCUCUCCUCCUCCUCUGCCACUCCCUCACUGCAGCAGACCUCCUUCACCUUUCCCACUCCACCUCCUUCUAACUCCUCCUCACCACAUUCACUCCUGUCCUCCUCUUCUCCCUCCUCCCACACCUAUCACACCAUCCCAGAGAUGACCAGCCCCCACACUCAAACUGACGCUUCUUUUCCUGCCCCACCUUCCACAUGUCAGUCAGUUCUGCAGGACCAAAUAUCUGCUCAUUCUCUGCUCACCCAGCCUAGUCAGCCACUGCAGAAUGAACCUGUUACCAGUGGAAAUAAUUCACCCAGCGACCAAAACUCUGAAGCAUUUAUCUAUCCAAAUAUCCUGCCUACAAAUCCUGAUCCUGCUCCAGUUAUUGCUCAGCCUCUCCUCAACCAAAGCCAACCACCACAUCCCAUGUUACCUUGCGCCCUGACUGCUCAAGGUGUUUCCACUUCUUUUGCCUUUCCCUCAGUCCCCCCACACAGGCAAAAUCUUUCAUUUCCCAAUGUGCCUCCCAGCCCUGCCCACCCAGCCCUGCACCUCCCGAAUCUGAGCCAUCAAACACAACCUCCCUCUCUUUCUGCUGCCUUCCCUCCCUGCUCCUUCACUCAUCCAGCAACCUCCCUUCCUCACCUUCCUUUCCAACCCUCGUCUUGCUUGGCUGUCUCCUCCGCUCCGUCGCUCCCGCCAACCAUCCAUCCUCAAAACCUGCCCAGUCCCUCUACUUCUGCUCCCACCUCCUCAUAUCCUCCUGUGGAAAUAGGUGCCAUCCCUCAGUUCAAUCCUCCUGCUCCCUAUCGCCCAGAUAUGGUACGGCACCACCCACCACUUCUUUCUCAGGUGGAUACUUCACUUUCCUCCUGCCUUCCGUCCUCCACCCCUCCUACAGCCCUCUAUCCUGCCUUUCCCUCCUAUCCUCUCCGGCUGUGUCAGGACCCUCACGCAUCCCUCACCAUCCCGUUCAGGCAUUUGUACAGACAAUACCAGCAUGGCCAUGCCCACCCCCAGGGGUCCUACCUGGAUAUGAGCACAAGACCUGUAUUUUAA